CAAACAGUUUCUUGUUUACUUUAAUAUUCAGACGCGAUCCAACGCGAUCCAGCUUAAGUGCGUUCUUUUUGCAGCCAAAUUUUAUCAUAUUUCACACCUUGGAGUGUUGAAUACUACUCAUCUUCAAAAGUUUUUGAAAGCACGAUGUCGUUCCAAGCAUUUUCGAGGGUUGCUCGCGCUUUUAGUUUUGGAGGUUCUCGACAGUUCCUUGGAAGAAGGCUUGGUGAGCGAAGCUCGCACAUAAGACAAGAAAAGAGACCAGCCACUCAAGAUGAAAUGGGCAUGCUUGUCCUAGGACUGGGUCUUUUUACAUCUGCUAGUGUAUGGGUAAGAAAGAAAACGAUUUUCAAGCUUAAUUUCGGAAGAAUAUUUUAUGCUCGCAUUCAAAGGUUAAAAGUGAAAGGGAAAGCAGACUUGUAUUUGUGCCGUAAAUGAAAAUUUUACUCAGAGAAGCAUCUUGCCUGUUAAAAUAGAUCGUACCGACAGAAAAGCGUAUAAAUGAAAAUGAUCUUUUCUGAUCAAAAAAAGGGAAUGUGCAAUAUCGGAAAAUCGAGGUUAUUGUGAGGCAGCUGUGUGAUGUAGUCAAGACAUGAUUUUCUGCAUGCGUGUGUGUUGUCGAUAUCGAGAUCAGAUCGACGAAAAUUUUGUUCGACAUUCAACUUAUUUACAGCCAUAUCAUAAAUAAAAACAAAUAAUUGUGACACUAUCCAACAAGCGAAGAUCUUUCAGUUAUAUGUGGCGAAAAACACAUAUCCUAGCGUGUUUACAAGACUUAAUGUAUGCAAAUCAUCCACUUUGUUUUGACAGUUUAGCGCACGAGGCGUCGCUUGGUCGAAACCUUAAGAUAUGUAAUCCCUACCGUUGAAAUGAUAAGCAUUCUAACCUUAUUGUUUAAUUCGGUAGAGCAGGUCAAGGUUCGCAGUGAUUCUGGCUAUCUUUCCGUUUCUCUUCUGUUUUGUUUUGUUUAUUUUCAAAGAGGAAAGGAGGAGAAAGGGGAGUGUACGAGGGUGGGGACGGGGUAUCGGGAAGGGAGGGGGCGUGUGGCAGGCCAUCGUGUGUAACGCCAAAAAAGGCAACACGAAUAAGUAGGAAAAAAUUAAAAUCGUUAAAAGCAGCCCUAACAAUCUCUAUUUAACAUUUGCAUAGGCAUGGAAGGAAGGUGCAUUCAGCUCAGUUCUGACUGCAGAUGAACAAGCUAAGGUAAUUAAUAAUUUAUAUAUUAUUUUGAGGUAUGAUAUUAGCUUGUUUUUUCUAAGUUUGAUGGGCUUAUACUGAUAUUAUAUCAGCCCACAAGCCAUGUCAGGUUUUGAAGAGCUCCACUACUGUUUUUCCCAACUUGGGACAAUUGUUCACUCUAUAAAAAAUAAUUAUUAUUUGUUUAUUAGAUUAAUUUUACCAGUUUUUAUGAAAAAAAAAUUAUGGAAGGUAUCUUUACUCAGUUGUGAACAAAACAAACAACUAAUUUGUUUCUAAUGCAUUAAGUGCAUAAUUGUAUAUAAAAAUAUUAUUUUUAUUAAUAUUUUGAAUAAUCAUUGGUUAUUUGAAAUUUUUGUUUUCAGCUGAAGGAAAAUGAGUAAGAAGGGCAGAUACUGAUCAAGAAGAGCUACGGAUGUUGCUGCUAUAACACUGUGCUAACAUCAAUUGAUGUUAGCUUUACCUCAUUCAUUAUAUCUCUUAUCUAAUGUACUGAUAAAUAAAUUGUUAGUUAGCAAUAACAAUCAGCAAGUUUGAGUAAUUAGAUAAUAAGGAUGUAAUUCACAGAACUCUCAUUUUGAGACAAAGUUUCCAGAUUUACAAUUUACAGAGGUGUGCCAAAGAUUAAGUGUAGAAAGUUACAUAUUAACCCACAAUGACACUGUGUUACUAGUAACAGUUGUUGAAUUAAGUGUAAGGUUUGAGUUUUCACUGAAUUAAUUUAUAAAAUAAUGAUUGUGGGAAAAUUGUGAUUUCCUUCUAACUUGAUUAUGUAACUUAAAUGUUGUACAAUAGAUUUGACUGGUUAUGAAAUCUUUGUUUCAAUCUUUUCCCUUUAACCGCAUGAACCUGUUCAUUUUAAGUCUGGGCCUAUAAAAUUAUUGAUAUACUCUUUCAAAAUUAAAAUAAUGACAAGUUAUGUUAAAAUCAAGGGAAGUUUCAUACACUUAGCCAAAUUGUAGAUAAAUAAAGAAACAUUUCUUCCUUUCCUGAAUCUGAAAAUGUUUUGUUUGAGAGAGUUCAACUCUCUGAAAAAAUAUAUGCUAGAUGUGUUUUUUCCUAGUUACGUAGCUUCAAAUGUUCGUUUUCUGGAGACAUUUUGUGAAAUAAUUUGUUUUAUGCCGGUUGAUAUGCGGCAUACUGACACAAGUACAUUGAACAAGGGCCUCACAACUGAACAACCCCAAUAAAAAAAAACUUUUACUUUUUUUUAGUCUACUGGCACCUCAAAAGCAGGCAAUCAGCUCACUCUGUUGAGAUCCGCU